GCGACCUCACAGCUCGUCCUCGUUCGGCCUCGGCUGCAUCGGAGCGCCACUUCUCCCCGGGUUCACCAGAGGAAACACCACUGCACAAAAUGCUUCUCCUCCCAGCUGCUGCUCUGUGCUGUCUGUGUUCAGCGCUGGUUGCCAUGGCAGCAGAGCUGAUUCAGGAUGAUUUAACAUUGACCAGGAGAGUUGGUGAAAAAGUCUCCUUCAGCUGUCGAGGAACUCAACAGUGUGACUACGAUUAUGUAUUCUGGUACCAGAAGAAAGACACAGAAACAUUCAGAAGGAUUCUACGUUUUGACAGGAGUGAUGGUGAAGUUUAUUCAGGUUACAAUCACCCUCAGAAAGAUGAUUUCUCAGCUGUGAAUAAACAGGACGGCUGUGAGUUGGAGAUCAAGACAGUUAAACUCCAUCAUUCAGCCUCCUACUACUGCAGCUGUGUGAAGUUUGAUCCCCACAGUGAGAAACGAUCCCUGCAGCCUGAACAAAAACCAACAGAUGAACAGAUGUCAAACAGUGUUUGGUACUCAAGGGUUCGUGGUUUGCCCAAACAGUCCGCAUGUUUUGUGUACUUGGAGAAGGCGACCGUGUCCCUCGUGGCAUUCUGUGGGAGGUGCUUCGGGAGUAUGAAGUACGGGGCCCUCUACUACGAGCCGUCCGGUCUCUUUAUGACCGGGCAGGAGCUUGGUUGCAUUGCUGGCAUGUGUGUCUGUGGCUGCCGUCAAACUCCAGAUGAGCCGGUAGCGAAGCCCGUGGCGAGCGUGUACCCGGCGGCGCCCGGAGCCCGCCUGGAGGGCCGGAGCGCCCUGCUGUGUCUGGCCUCGGCCAUGUUUCCCCCUGUGGUCCGGUUCUCCUGGAAAAGACGAAAGGAGAACGGUCCUCUGGAGGAGCCGCCCCCCGCUGAGACAGAGCAGCUGGAGCUCAGAGAGUCGGGACGCGCCGCGGCCAUCUUGCUGAUCCAUCAGCCGGAGAACAGCACAUAUAAUUACAUCUGCUACGUCCAGCACGAGGGGGGCAAAGCGGAGGCCCCACCAGGACCAGAGGCUCCAGCUCCAGCAGCUUCCCGUCCUCCAGAGAGAGAGCCGACAGACCUGCCGGCUGUGCAGCAAGCUGACUUGUCAGUGUCAGUGUCAGUGUCCUUCCAGUCUCAGUGCAGGGUGAAGCUGCUCUUGCUGCUGUACUCAGUGCUGAUAGUGAAGAGUCUGGUGUACUGCUGUGGACUCUCUCUGCUGAUGAUCCUCAGAAACAAGGGACCGUCCACCAACUGCACACAUGCUGACUGACUGUUUCCUGCUCGCCUUUCCUCGCCAUCAGAUCUCAUCCCUUCAUCUCAUGCUUCGUCCUAAACGUACAAAUACAUAUACACACAUAUAUAUAUCUGCAGUUACUGAGUGUAUAUUCUGUGGUAAAGUGUUAUUUUGAUCCUCUAGUUUAUUUCCGCUUUGAAUUGUGACUUUUAUAAUAAUAGAAAAUGAAGCUGAAUCAUUGGCUGCCUGCUACAGAUUUUAUUGUUUGUGGUAUUUUUCUGUUCUUGUCUUUCUUUUUAAUACAUGAUGCAGAGUGUGGCAGGUUUGUCAAAUUCUUUCACUCAAACAUUCUCAAUAAAGAGAAAAAUCACAGCGUGUUUCAUGAACAUCUUUGUUUUCAUGGAUUUCACUUUGGCUUCAGAGCAAAUCACCAGAAACAGAAUCAACUUCAUCGGCCAUGUAUGUUGACGGC